AUGCAUUUCUACUCUCCAUCAAUUCUUAUGCUCGCCUGGACAAUUGUUCUUACCGAAGCUUCAUGGAUUCCAGGAAGAAGACAUAUCCAUCUUUUUUCACGGUCCCAAAGGGAGUAUCAAGAACCUUCGAAUAUCGAUAACUCGAUUCGAAGAUUGACGCCAAAUAUUAGUACCCCAGGAAAUCAAACCUCUGGGAAUUUGACAGCAACAACUCGAUUUAGUCGAAAUGCGUCCGUCCCGCUUCUUGCCCCCUUAUAAGAUAUUUGCAGUAUAGGAAGUAAUCACACUACGAUUCCAGCAUCUUGUAUCAGUGCUCUUAGACCAGCUCGGACAACUACCUGCUCAACUGUUAUUGUCGGUUUCUACACGAGCAUCACCGUUUCCGAUUGCUCCCAAACCAUUACCUUUUCCACGGAAAAUGGAUAUGCGUUCGUCUCUACAACUGCAUAUCCAACACCUACACCAUUCCUUCGAGUCCGGCAAGAAGAACAAGCACAAGGCAUUUCUUCUCAAGAAGGGUCACCCCGCGUUCAAAAACUCCGAACGUACUACGCGGCUCCCUGGAAAGAAUUGGCCGCCAACGAUCCCAAAGAUAUCGAAGUCAAAACGUGUAAAGUGAACGAAUCAGAUAAGGAUGAAGACUGCGAGGUGGAUAGCAGGGAAUACGUUCUAGCAACGAAUUGCAAGGAAGUGACAGUCACGAGCACAUUAUCCAUCUCAACUACACUCUCAUCGGUACAUCCCCUAUAUUUUUUCAUGUAUACGAAAAGUACGACUAACAGACAAAUAGCCGAUUCGUCUAAGAAUUCCUCCAAAUACAACCAUUAGUGUCCCGGCUGGCUCCAUGGACCUUUCCACCGAACUCGCAAUCCCUAGUGCAACACCCGAAGCCAACUUUUCGCCGGUAGAAAUUGGAAGUACUUCGACGAUUGAAUUGACGACUACGAUUGAGGAAACUUCGACAUAUUUUAUCACUAUGACUCUCAAUCAAACCCUUACAUCUAAUCGGACUAGUACUAUUACCAAGACUAUUAUGUUGGCUAGCCAGACUACUGAACCUGUUGAGUCGUGAGUGCCUUUUGUUCUUUCGCGAUGAUGGGAUAUGAGAGCUGAUUUUGAUAGAACGUCAACGUCUGAAAUUGAAUCAAGUAGCCAGACUCUGGAGUCUACGUGAGUUUCACCUUCCAAAUACGUGUCUUGAAAUGGUGCUAACUUCCUCAGAACAAUCUCAAGUAACUCCUCUUCCACCAGCCAAACCAUCGAUGCCACAGAGUCGUAAGUACAGAUCCCAAGUAAAAACACACCCCAUGACUAAUAUAUCCAGAAACCCAACCCAAAACCCAAUAGAGAGCACAUCAAACUCCACCACAUUCCAACGUCAAAUCGCUCCAUCGAACGGGACAGCCUUCUUUUCCGCACCAUCAGCACCUACUACAACACUCACCUAG